AAAAGCCAUGACAAAAAAAAGCCAAUGCCAAAGCGAAGCAAAUAAAAAUUCAAUUGGCGCGCUAGGAUUAUUUCGUUUAUUUAAUUGAUUAUGAUUUAUAGUACAGUGAAGUGACUUUAUAUAUUGGAAGCAAGGAUUUAUACAAGUGCAUAAAACAAUCAUGGAUAUCGCCGAAGGUUCAACUGAUGACCUGUGGACACCAUACAAGGAGCUGGUGUCAGUGGUGGAAGGCUACUUAGCACAUGAAAGCGGAGGAGCCCCUUACGCAGUGCACACAUUCGAGUCUGUAUUGAGACGGCAUAAACAGACCUUCUUAUCAUUGUUUAAAAAUUCUGCAAAGAAUCCAGCAAGUAGAGAUGAAAUCAAAAGAGGCAUCACUGAGGGUGUCAACUUGCCUAGUGUUGGACGCACCCUCCUCUCCAAGGAAUUGGUGGACGAAGCCAUAAUUAUUUCAGACAUGUACAACGUAAACGAGUACCUAUCUCUGGAGCUGCUGCACACGGCGCAGCGGCAGUCGGGACGGCACCCGGGGCUCCCGCGCGGACUGGUGGCGGUGCUGCUGUACUACGACGGGCGCCGCGCGCGCGCGCAGGCGCUGCGGGGGCUGCUGGUGGCCAGGGACGGCGUGUGUUGGACGAUAAACGCUCGCGAAGAAAUAAUAACAUACGUCUCCCGCUACGUAGACCAGCUGAUAGCGGACGGGUUGCUAGGCAAUGUGCUGGAUGCGUUGCGUCGUUACACACUAGAGGGAGAGCUGGAACUUCUACAGAACAACCGAGCGUUGCCGCCCCAUAGACAACACGCGCGGCUCGUCGCCACCAUAGAGAGCACCAGAAAACUACUUGCCGGCGUCGUGUUUGCUGCGUCCGCGCAGCGCGGUUUGCGCAGAGACAUGAUAUUGAGACUUUUAUCAGAGCAAACCACAUCACCAUCGAAAGGGCCGACGGGAGCGUUAGACGAGAUCUCGUUAGCCCUACAGAUGGCGCUACUAUACGCUUUGGACUUAUCUGUUAUACAUGGGCGCGAAGACGGUGAAGAAUUAGCAAAAAAACUGCCUCUAAUUCAAGACCCAGAAUUAAUAUCAGUAUUAUUAGACGAACUGUCGCCCAAUCAGAAUCAGACUCAAGCACAGGACGAGAAAGGCGGCGGUGUCAGAGCCUUGUGCCAACUGGCUUUGGGGUUAGCGCUAGCGGCUUUGAAGAGGGCGCCACAGUCGUUGUUGAGACGACCGCCACAGGAUAUCAAGCCGGAAUUGUUGGAGCAAGAUGAAGUGUUGGUGGAUGCAGCUAUAGAUGGCAAGGUGUUCGAGUAUCUAGACGAAGCGAUCCUGUCGACGGACUUUGUGUGCAAAGAGGAGUACUACCAGCGGCGGAUACACAACCUGAUCACUGACUUCAUAGUGCUGAUGCAUUCCAAACUCAUGGAGAUGAGGGUCAAAGCGGACGAAGCCGCCAGAGCGGUACAAAUGUAUGCAGCCGAAGGAAUAGUGCCGCCCGCCGGCGCCGGCCAGAAUCGCACGCGACUCGACGCUCUAUUGCGUUGUGUCGAGAGGCUAUAUUCGCGUGACCCACUCGGACUGAGAAACGAUUAUUGGGUCGCUUGUAACCAGCAUACUUCACAUUCCUCGUCUUUUAGAUCAGGCAGCCGCGCAGCAACUCUGUACAAAUUCGUCCGAUUGUCUGGCGAAUUGGUCUGCGCGGCAUUACUGCCGGCGUAUUUACGAACUCUGGCCAGUCUGUGUGUGAACAGACACACGUGGGCGUUGCUGGCGAGGCGGGACGCCUUGUCUGCGCACCAUCUACUAACAGCACUGGCGAGAUAUCACAGCAAUUUACGCGCGGACCCGGCUCCGUUCUCGGAACACUUGCACGCUUCGUCGUUGGGCGCCUCCGCGAUCGUUACCCCCGCGGCAAGGCCAGGCAAAUUGCUCGUCAGGCAGGAAGAGGUAGAAGCAAUGAUAGCUGCGCUAAAGUUGAUCGAGGCCGUGGCGCGCGAGGACGAGGCGGCCUGUGCGAAUAUCUGUGAAAAUCUUCAGUGGGACGCCGUCAAUGUUAUGUUUGGUCUGAUCUGCUGCCACGUGCCGCUGCAGCUGAAGGCGGCGCUGUGCACGACGCUGGCGGCGCUGGGCGGCGCCGCGGGCUCCGCGUGCCGCGUGUGGGCGGCGCUGGAGCGCGCGCGGCUGGUCGGCGGCGGCACGGGGCUGGCGCACGACCUGCUCGAGGUGGAAUGCCGCAUGGAGGAGUACCCCCUCUCCCUCGCGUUCCUCGCGCUCGUGGAGUCGCUGUGCGCGUGCGCGCCGGUGCCGCGCGCGCUGGGCGCGGGCGCGCGGCCGGCGGGGCUGGACCCGUACGUCACGUACGUGCUGGACAAGCUGGCCCUGCCCGCACCGAAUCGACCCUACGCCAGGCCCAAGGAGAAGUGGCAGAUCCUCUGUCUUUGUUUCCGUCUGUUCGCGCGUUGGCUCGACCAAUACGAGCCGUCAGCGUCCGACUUCCCGCCGCUGGGGCGGGAGCCGGACACCAACCCGGUGCCGGGGUUCCGGCUGCUGCUGCAGCUGCACACCAAGUCGGAGCUGCUGAGGUUGCUGCUCAACUGCUUGGCUGAGACUCAGCUGCUGUUGGACACCCAGAAUGAUGGCAAGGAGUACAUUGAGCAGUGUCUGAUCAGCGUGCUGCAGAUGUUGGAGCGCGCGCUGCGGCUGGAGCGCGCGCUGGCGGCGGCGGCCGCGGCCGGCGGCGCCGCGCCGCUGCUCGGCCUCUCCAAGCUGCUGCUGGCACCGGAAGGGCCAGACAGCGAAGACCACCUCGUCACCUGCUGCAAAGUUCUCCAACACGCCGCCACGCUGCCGGCAGCUUGUGCUAGAGCUGUAGCCUUAUUGCUAAGAGCAUUACAAACUAGUUCCACUGCGGCGAGGCAUUUGCUGGCUGCUGUCACUCAUAAACACACUCUAGCGAGGGACAUCAGACAUGGGUUCGUAGAAUGUUUAGAAGCGGAAGAGCUCCCGGGAACUGAGGAGGCCGCAGCGUCGCGACGCGCCAAGGAAGGAAUUAUUGCAUUGUUAUUACAACUUCUACCUUCUGCGCCGCCUAAUUUCGCGCAUUUCUUGCUGGGAUACCAGUUAACGGAUUCGGUGAGCCGCAGUGCGUUGAAUGAGCCGGGCGUGGCCGGCAGCCCCCGCACGUGUUUGCACGCAAUAUUGGACAUGUUGGACCGGCACAUCGCCACGCACUCCACUGACAGAGAAGCGGACACUCUCAUAGAGAGUUGCUACAGAUUGGUAUACUGGUUGGUGGCCAGACCGGCCACCUCCCCUCCGGCGCUGCGGUUGUUACGCUCCAGGGACUAUUUCCUGACGAGGCAUAUCAAAGCUACCAUUAAGUUGCAGACGGCGUCGGUGGUGUCGAUAUCGGCGCGGUCGUGGGCGGUGCGCGCGGGGGCGUGCGAGUGCGGCGCGGCGUGCGCAGCGCGACACCACGCCGCGCUGCGCUCGCUGCUCACUGCGCUCACGCACGAGCGCGACCACCGUACGCAGGAAUGGGAAUGGUGCCUCCUCCGCAGAACACUAGAAGCUUUACCGGUGAGUGUGGAAGCAGCCGCGGAACCUCGCUGGGAGUUGUUCCACGCGCACCAACUGCGGCAAGCUAUAGACUCCUGCGAUCUACCUACUGGGCUUGGCGGCAAACGCAUCAGCGUGUCUCGCGUGCACGCGCUGCUGUCGCGCGAGCUGGCGGCGCUGCAUCCCACCGCGCCGCAGAGGAAUCUGGUCGCAAUGGAGAUACAGAAGGUCCUAGACUACGUGACGGAGGUGAACCGCCAGCGCAAUCUAGCGGCGACUCUCACGCACUACUACGACUCCUGGCGGCAACUCACGGAGAUACUCUUCUGCGUCGCGCCUCAAGACAUCCUCAAUCUGGAAUCGAGGAAAAACCUCCUCUUGAACAUCCUACAAGAUCUACUAAACAAGAUCCCACCAGCAGAAGUGUUGCCACAGUUGGGCAAUUUAGCAUCCGGGACCGUACUACUUUUACUAGUCAACUUGAGACACUGCUACAUAUUGCAGAAACGAGAUACGAAUCUGAAAUCGUCGGAGUUCGAAACUACCUUCUUCGGCCCGUCCUCGCAGAUAAUGCAAACGAAAUCGUUGACGUUGAAAUUUAUUUUGCACAAGAUACUCAGCUGGAUACUAGUUUCGGGCGGUUCAACGCAGAAAAUGCGCGUCAAUUUGUACGGUGCAUUGUUGAAUUACUUAAAUAUUGUUAAUUUGAAACACAGUCCAGCGGAGCCUGAGGAAUUUGAGGACUCAUUAGACAAUGAUACGUAUGUUAGCAGACUAGAUAGCUCCAAAGCUCGUCCGAGUAAAGAAGAAUCGUGUUUGAAGUCUAUGGUGAUUGAUGUGAUAAGUGGUUUCGGUGACAAUCUCUGUUCUAUAGUGUGUAGUGAUUGUAUCGGAGCUGGUCACGAUGUUUGCCGCAUGGUGGCGCUGGCGUGCUUGGAUACGCUGAUAGAGAUAAACCCGAGAACUGAUUGGAUGAACACGCUGACCAAUCAGGGCUAUCUGCGCAGUCUGAUCGAUAGUUUGCUGCAAGACGAUGAGGGGUUGAAAGAGACACUAGAACCGAACCCGAAAUCCCUGCGCGUGCUCUACGUUUACGAAUCCAAGAUGGCGUUGCUCAUAAAGAUAGCGGGAACUCGAUGGGGCGCGGAAACUGUUCUCGCUCAGGGCGCGUUGUCGUGUCUCGCGAACAUGAGGGCGUUGGCCUGCCAUCCCGACGUGCACACCGGAUACGGAACACAUUCUGAUACGCAAUUCGUGCCUUCAGUUGCUAAUAGGUUCCGACAGAUACUGUCGCCGGCGCUUGCGCUGUGUGACGCGUUGCUAACAACGCUUGGAACACAAAACCACAGCUGCGUGAUACAUAUCACACAUUUCCUGCUCAGCCACUUGGAGUGCGUCGACGUUGUGCUGAGAGCGGCCCAUCCAAACUCACCACCGGCACUGCUCGCGGAGGUCGAGGCCCUGACCUCAGUGAUCGGCCGAGCGUCGAACCGGGAAGUGUUCGGCGCAGUACAAGACGACACAGCUCUGCAGCACUCGGCCGCCGGGAUACAGAGGGUCCAGUCGCUCAUGUUGGCAUUGCUGGCGCGAUUCACGAAGAUGCCGCACGCGAAUGUCACGCAGCCGCAUUCUGAAGUCGACACGUUGUAUUAUAAGAUCGUAUGCAACCUUUUAACAUACGCGCGCAACAUAAUGGACACUGUCGGGUCCCGCGUAGUUCUCCGCCUGUCCGCCGGCGGCGCUGACAGCGCUUCGGAUUCAGCGCCAUCUUGCGGCGCGGCGCUGCAGCUGCUGCAGGCGCUGCUGCAGCGAGUGCAGCUGCACGAGAAGUUGGUUGGCAGCGGGAGGCAUCAGCUGCAAAGUGUACCCACUAUGACGUUAGAUGACAUGAAGAAACUCAUCCCAGAGGAGUGCUCAAGCUCAGUCAUACCACCGUCGAACUCGCCCGCGGAAAUACGCGCGAAAGUCUUGAGUGAACUGUGCGCCCGCGCGAGAGUGAGACAGCGCGAGCUGCAAUACUGCUCGCACGCGUUGGAAUGCGCGCUACAUCUCAUUUGGGCGCAUGUUGUCGUGUACCUGAGACUCACCGCCCCAGCUGAGCCCAUUGCUCAUACGGAUACAUCGAUGACGGUGUCGACGGCGUGGAGGGGGGCGGGGGGCGCGGAGUUGCCCGAACUCCGCAAGGAGCUGAUCGCGGUGUUCAACGACCGGUUCGUCGACCAGUUGCUCGACACUGCUAAGAGUCAGCCAGCGUCCCACCGUGGCUUCAUGAACGUCAUCCUGAAGGACAUCAAGAGCAUGAUACAAUUCUCACCGCUGUAACUACGUCAUUUUGUUAAAGCGAUAAUGUAAUGUUUCACUGAUCUGUAUGUUCAUUAAUAAAUCUAUGUGUCUA